AACAUCUGCCACUGUCCCUGUCGCUACCGGACCUCCAGAACUUUGUUCAUUAUCCCUCGUAUCGUCCGCCAUCUUCCUAUUUUUCAAACAAGCUCUCGUUCGUUGUGGAGCUUCUCAAAAAUUGAAGCUCGAUUUGUCACCCCCAAAAAUCUCGCGGCCAUCUCGGCCGAACGCGCCCGCUCGCGUCAUCCCUGUCCACAUGCAUCGCGGGGCAUCUCAAUCCCUCUCACAUCUCACCAACGAUGUUCUUCUUCCCACCAUGACAACCAGAAUCCCCAUCCUCCUCCUCAAAACCCGCUCCUCACCUACCGACGGCUACGAAGACCAAUUCUCGACUCCCCAACACGGACUAACGUUCUCCCCAACAUUUGUUCCCGUGCUAGAGCACCAACUUCUUGACGAUGGCAUGAACACCUUCCGGAACCUCCUCGAACGGAAAGAGAUCGGGGAAGGACAGGGAAAGAAAUAUGGCGGAUUGAUCUUCACAUCUCAGCGCGCUGUUGAGGCUUUCGCGCAACUCGUCGCUGAAGGCCGACUUAAUGACCCCUCAUACCCACACCUCGCACCCUCAACACCCAUCUACACCGUCGGCCCCGCAACCUCGCGCGCCCUCUCCGCGCUCUCAACCCCCUCCUCCCCGCUCACGAUCCUCGGCCAAGAAACAGGCAACGGAGAAGCAUUAGCGCAAUACAUCCUCUCGCACUACCCCUCCGAUUCCAAAUCCAAAUUCAAAUCCCGCCUCCCGCUACUCUUCCUAGUCGGUGAACAACGGCGCGAUAUAAUCCCGAAGACUCUUUCAUCUCCAAGUUUGGAGGCGAGUAACAGGAUAGCGGUAGACGAGAUAACGAUCUACGGCACUGGGAUCAUGGCGUCUUUUGAGCGGGAUUUUAAGGCUGUGUUGAAGAGGACGGAAAACGUGGGUAGGAGGUGGGUAGUCGUUUUCUCUCCGACGGGGUGUGAGGCUAUGUUGCGGGCUCUGGGGUGCUUGGGUGAUGCGAGGGGGAAAGCGGGGGGAGAAAGGGAUGGGAAGACGUUUGUAGCGAGUAUUGGACCGACGACGAGGGACUUUUUGAGAGCGGAGUUUGGGUUUGAGGUUGAUGUUUGUGCGGAGCGGCCGAGUCCUGAGGGGGUUCUGGAGGGGAUUUGGGGGUUUAUGGAGGGGUUGGGGGGGAUGGGUUGAUGAGUACUUGGGGGUGUUUGUAGGUGGUGGUUGGGGUGUAACUCAAAUCAUGCUGGAUAAAUCUGUCAACUACGAUAAUAUGAGUUA